AUAAGAGGAGCUGUUCGGGCGCGGGAAUUUGUGGGCGGGAGGUCUCGUUUCUCGCUCGCCGUUCGUUCCGCCUCUGGAUUGUCGUCCAUUUUGUCCUCACGCUCAGCGUGGGGAAUGAUGAAUCCGGUGUUCGCUACUGAGAUUUACGUCGCCGCCUGCCGAUGUGCGAUGCUGCUGUCGGCGAGCAGCGGUUUCGAGGUGGAGCGGGUGCGGGCGGACCUGUGUCGGCUGCUUCCCUACCUACGCCAGUCGCUUUCCUGCGCCGUGUGUGGUAACCUACUGAAAAAUCCAGUUGGUCCAAAAAAGUCUGCCUGCCAACAUUCUGUAUGUAACAGUUGUAUAGGACAGCAAAUGCAAAUAAGGCCCUGUAGUUGGUGCAAAGAUCAUGGAACAUUUGUGGAAAAUGAGCAACUUCAUAUUCUUCUAACCUGUUACAAGAAACUCUGUGACUAUAUAGCCAGUUCUGCUAUAUUGGAGAAUAUUUCAGAAAAAGAUACUUCACCAGUUAACCUAAAUAUUUUGUUAGAAGAGGGUAUGAUGUUGGUGCACAAAGAAAUGGAUUCCAGUGUGUUCAAAGAAGUGGAGUCUAGUGUGUUGUGUUGCACAGAAAAAGCUAUGAAAAUAAUAAGCAAAUUGACUCCACUUAAAGUGGUACAAACAUCUGUUAUCACCAAUCAACCAACUGAUUUUGCUGAUGCCAGUUUUAAAGACAGGAAGAAAGCUGUUCAUAUCUUUACGAGAAAGGUUUAUAAACAAACCAUUUCACUGAAAAAUCAUGAUGGAUGUAAUGUUGAAAAUACCGAGGAUGACAGUGUAAUUCACAUGUCUUCUGAACAAAUUCCUAUAUCAAAUAUGCCAUCAUCCAACAAAAGUUCAUUUAACUUAAAGAAACCUACUGAUACUAAACACAGUAUUGUCACUGAAAAGUUGAAGAAUAUGGUGAAAAGUUACAAUGCUAAGUACAAAACUGUAAAGAGGCUUGGUAAUCAGGAAUGUGGUAGUUCAAUGAAAUCUGUAUGCAAAAAGCCAAGAGGGAAAACUGGGUGCAAAUGUGGUCGUGCAGCAUGUGCACCCAGCGUUCUCACUUGCAGGGGACAGAGGUGUCCAUGUUAUGCAAAUCAUAGGUCUUGUCUAGACUGUAUCUGUCAUGGAUGUAAUAAUUCCUACAUGGAAAAUGGCACUAAGAAAUUGGAAUCUUUUGCUGUACCAGAAAUAGCUCAUAAGCAGAGCCGAUUGCUGAAAAGUGUUGGUAGUUCAAUUCCAGUUGAUUUCUCAAAACAAAUGUAAUUUUUAAA